AUGGGCGACCCUGGCAGGAGUUUUAGCACCCAGGUUCACCACGACUUUCAAGGCAAAUGGGGCCGCCAGUACCACCGGAGUCGGUCACUGAGUAUCAAACUUCCAGAUCGAUUGGAUAUUGGAACUACCCUCAGUGAGUACUGGGCUGGUCUUGCCAUCGAGGAAGAAACCGACAGAGCACUCAAGAUUGGAAUUGCGAUUCAUGAUGGCACGUAUGGCAUUGACUUUGCUGUCCAUCGCAUAUCCCUGGACGAGGAGGAGGAGCAGGAUAGGAGUGGAGACGGAGACUGGGUUGCAGACCAUAUCAUCGAGGAAUUGUCCAACUACAGAAGACAGCAUGUGUGCAAAAUUCUUGGAGCAGGAGUGAUCGCGAGUGUCCAUGAAAAGAGCCCGAAUUUGUGCUCAAGGCUGUGGUCCGAGUUGGACAUCGUACCUAUGCUGGUCACCUCAAACCCUCUUGUUCAGUCGAGCAACCCACGGGCAAAACCACAGAGAGUGGACGAAAUCGCCGACUCGGCAGCCAGGAAGUGUCUAGCACUAUAUGCUCCCACGAAGCAACCGCGUUUGUCAAUCAGCUUCCAGAACCAGGUCGAAGUCGAUCUGGGAGGUACUAUUCAGCUUACCACUAUCGACGACUACAAGGCAUCCGUUCGAGAGCCAACCUGGCGGGCCGUGCAGAAACAUAUCCAGGAUGUGGUGGACCGCAAACUCAGAGUUGUCUUUUUCAGUGCAACACCUCAGGGAGGCGGAGUGGCUCUGAUGCGGCACGCCCUGCUCCGAUUCUUGAGGCUCUACAAUGUGAAUGUGGAGUGGUUUGUGCCCAAGCCAAGGCCCGACGUUUUUCGAAUCACCAAAACAAAUCACAAUAUCUUGCAGGGCGUGGUUCCUCCUGAAGUCCACGCCACGGACGAGCAGCUUGGCAAGAUCAAAGAGUGGAUUGUCGACAAUGCGGAGCGGUACUGGCUCGGUGAAGGUGGGCCACUUACCGCCCCCAAGGACGGCGGUGCAGACGUCAUCAUCAUCGACGAUCCUCAGAUGCCAGAGCUCAUCCCCAUUGCGAAGAAGUUGGCACCGGAUCGGCCCAUCAUUUUCCGCUGCCAUAUUGAAGUCCGCGACGAUUUGGUGCUGGAGGAGGGCAGCGCCGCCCAGCAUGUUUGGCGUAAUAUGUGGUCCAGUAUCAAACAUGCGGACGUCUUCCUCAGCCACCCUGUGCGCUCUUUCGUUCCACCUGAUGUCCGCAAGGAGACUCUGGGCUGGCUUCCGGCUACAACAGAUUGGCUUGACGGUCUCAACAAGAACAUGGAUGACUGGGAUCUGCAAUAUUACUUACACAUCCUCAGGCAGCUUUGUCAAGCCCAGAACCUUCCGCAGCUUGCAUACCCAGACCGAGGCUAUUUCACGCAGAUCGCGCGGUUUGAUCCCUCCAAGGGAAUUCCCGACGUCAUCAAAAGCUACGCCAAGUUCCGAGAAAUGGUGAAAGACCAGCCCAAGGAGAAAAUACACCAAUUGGUGCUUUGUGGGCACGGCUCGGUGGACGAUCCUGAUGCGACGCUGAUCUAUGAAGAGACCAUGAGCUUGGUUCUCACACAAUUCCCCGACUUGGUCGACGACAUUAUCGUGGUUCGACUGGGCCCUAGCGACCAGAUCUUGAACGCUAUCAUGUCGCUUUGCACCGUCGCCCUGCAGCUAUCAACAAGGGAAGGAUUCGAGGUAAAGGUCUCGGAAGCUUUGCACAAGGGCAAACCCAUCAUUGCCACGCUCGCCGGUGGUAUCCCUCUUCAGGUCGAGGAUGGCAAGAGCGGUUACCUUGUCCGACGAGGUGACCACGACACCGUUGCCAAGCAUCUUUAUAAUCUGGUCACCGACAAGGACCUUUAUGGCAGGAUGUGCGAAUACGCAAGGAACCAUGUUAGCGACGAAGUCCAGACAGUUGGGAACGCCCUCUCCUGGAUGUACCUUGCCGCCAACGUGUCGAACGGAAGCACGCUGAAACCGAACGAGAGAUGGAUCAACGACUUGGCCCGAGAGGCUGCUGGCGAACUAUACAAGGAUGGCGAGCCAUGCUUACCGCGGCACUUGUCUACUUGA